AUGGAAAAAAUAAAUUAAUUAAGUUUAGAUGAAUUGGCAGAAUAAGUUUUACAUACUCUUGGAAUAAUUCAAGAUCCUAAUUAAUCUAUCUCCUCAUAAAAACCUGAGGAUAAAAUGCUAAUAUCAAUUCAACUCCCUCUUGAAGUCAAAAAUAAAUAAUAGAUAAAAAUUUUAUAAACUAAUCUUUAAAAAGAAUUGGAAUAAGGAUAUAUAUAUCUAAAUGAAUAGGAAAUUCUUGCAUUGGACUAGGAAAUAUAAAAAAGUUUAUAAGCUAUAAGCUUUAAAGAAAGAAAAAUUCUUAUCAAGAAUUAAGAAUUCACUAUGACAUCUCCUUUCUGUGUUUAAACAAAUGUUAUGCCUUUAAACAUGGCUAGAUAAUGGCACUAUUUUAAAAAUCUUUAAUCAGUGUAAGUAUAUAUGAUCUAAGCCUAAUUAUUUUUUUUUUUUAAUAAUUCUUAUAAGAUAAUACUCAUAGACAAAAAGUUAAUUCUUAUGUAUAAUUCAUAUACCAAUCAUAUGUAGAUAAAUGGUCUAAAUUAAUUAAUGCUAACCAAUCUUUGUGGAUAAAAACCACUGAAGAAAUCUUAACUCAAAAAGCUCAAAAUCUUAGUGGAGAUUUAAUAUAAUAUUCUGAUGAUAAAAAUGUUGCUAACUAUAAUUUAAAAGUAACUGAGGAUGUAUGGUUCACCUUUUCUUGUUUAAAAUAAUUUAUUUUAGUGAAUACUGUGUAUGAUGCAAAAAGAACUGUUUUAAUCUAUUUAAAUUUAAAGGGAGAAUUCUAUUAACCCAAUCUAAAUGUAAAGGAUUUAUUAUUAGGUAUGAAAGGAUAUGGUAUAGGUAUUUAAGAUUCACCUAGUUGGCUUUGUUAUAACCUUUUUGAUUCAUGGGAGAAACUUUAUAUUCAUAA